AUGCCGCUUGCGAUUGAGAACACGGGCAGCACCGCCAGAGACUUUUGCAUGCUCGAGCGCAACCUCCUCUCCCACUACAAGCUCGCCAUCCUCCUCGCCCUCAUCUCCUCCUCCAUCCUCCUCCGCACCCGUCUCUCCUUCAACGACGGCGUCGAGCACGACCCUUCACCGGGCAAAGGCGUACUGCCAAUCGGGACCCUCGAGAUGGUUACCGCCCUUCUUGCAAUCGGCGCAGGCAUCUGGGAGUAUCAGAGUAGUUCCGUCGACAUGCGGAACCAGAGGGCUUUCCUGGACGUUACAAAACCUCACUUUGCUCUGAUGACGAUCGUAGCCAGCGUCGUCCUCACAGCAUGUGUUAUCCUCCUGGCAGACGAGAAUCUCCUAUGA